AUGGCCGACUUACUCACCGCCGGGGUCAGGGGCCGGCGGCUGGGGCCGGGCGGAGGGAGUGGGCAGCACCGAGGCGGGCUGAGGCGGCAGGGACAGCCGGCACACCCCGGGGCAGUUGCGGGCUCCGGAGGUGUCCCCUCAGGCUGUGGAGCCAGAAGACACGAACCCCCAGCCGGCCUGCGCGCGCGUCCUCCCGGGGUCUCCCCGCCCCCUUCUCUCCACCGUCCAAUCAGAUCGGGCGAAGGGCACCAAGCCCGGGACAUUGGGCUCAGCCUCCGCUGCUGCCCGAAGUCGUGGUUCAGCCGCCAAGUAACGGUCGUCGGAACUCGGAACCUUCGCCGUAGGGAAGGUGGGACGGUCGCCAGUUUCUCCAGCUCUUCACCUGGGGCCUCAGGCUUCCUGCCUGGCCUGCCCUCAGGGGAGAGACGACCUGGGCCUUCUCUCAGCCGGUCACGUCGGGGCUCUGCGCGCCUUUGUGACCAAGGGAUAGGGGGGAUUAAGGUCUUUGACAUAAGACAAUCUUCUGGAUGCUAUUUUUGUGUUCAUGGGAUGAGCUUUGAAAGCCUACUGUCAAAACAGCUUCCAUCUAUUGGAAGGGCCCGAUGCCAGACAGGAAGCUGAACGCCAGAGCUCACCACCCUUCGGGCACUAGAGGAGCCACUUGCCCCAACAGCUGCCACCAAGGACUCUGCUUUCUGCUCCACCUGAGAUGGGGCCUGGGUACCUCAAUGACCAGAACUGAAGAUCUCUGAAAACAGAUUAUGGAGGGAGAGAGGAUGGUAACGAUAAGAACUUAUACACACUGCUCUAGAGAGUAUUACUGAUACACCCACUUUGGAAAACAGUUUGCCAUUAUCUACUCUGCUGGGAAUAAACACAUCCUGUGGUUCAGCAUGACCACUCAUGGGUGUAAUCCUACAAAAAUGAGCCCAAGAGCAUCAGGAGGCAUGUACAAGAAUCUUCAUAGGAGCAUUAUUUGUAAUCACCCCAAACAACUCAAGUGUCCAUCACUCGUGAAAGGGGUAAAUAAAGUGUCAUAAAAUGGA